AUGCGCUCCUUCAUGAAAUCCCAUAGAAAAUCCUUGUCAACAGGAAGCUCAGAUGUCCCAGAGGACGUCCCUGCCUCAUCAGCUUCAUCUUUAUCUUCGUCUACUACUGUCACAGGUCAGCAGAAACCCUUUUUAACAAGCCCAAACUCAUUGAACUCCGGCCCAUCUCCACAUACCCCAUCUCCUCCACCAAAUAACCAGCAUAAUCAUCACCAUCAUAAUGCUACCAUUAACAACCAUUCACAUACCAGUCGUUCAUCAAAAGACAAUCAAAAACGUUCCUUUUCUGCAAUCUCGUUGCGGUCUCUCACUCAAGAUCUCACGCAGUCCUCUCCAACAUCAUCUUCAUCUUCCUCAGGAAUUAGACAUUCUUCCUCCAGCUCUCAUCUAAAACCUACCGCAACAAUCGCUGCUCCAACUGUCCUUCGCCAGUCCACCGCAUCUUCUCAUAGAUCUUCCUUAAACUUUUACUCCUCAUCAACUUUAAACCCCCCAGCAGUAUCUUCUACUUCAGGCUCUCUGAAAAAACUAAACCCAAUCUCUUACAUUCGUCGUAGAAGAGCCUCCACAGAUGACUCGCUAGACCAACUCUAUGCUCAGGCUCCUUCUCCUGAAGCUUAUCGUGGUGCUGGUUCUAUCUUUGGAACCCGUAUCCACGAUUGGGGCUCCGAUGCUCCUUCACAAACACCGGUAUUUCAUCCCACUCUCGUCUUCUCGGCACCAUCCCCAAGUGCUGGCACUUGGACUGCUGGAGGACCCAAUGGUCCCAUAUCUCCUAAGGAAGGUUCCUUCCCCUCUUCUUCCAAUACUGCUACUUCUAUUAAUUCUUCCCCUUCUCAAUCUUCCUUAGCUCUUGCUAAUACUGCUGUUGUUACCUCCAAUGGUACUGCCGCCACAGGUAUGACAGCCACAAAUAGUGGUACAUCCCAAAGCCUUAAUUCAAACAAUGUCAUACCUGCAACCCCUGCUACUCAGUACACCUUUCCUACUACCACUGAUGCAAUCAAAAUGUCUUUUUCCCUGUCAGUCUACUCAUCGGCCUCAACGGCCUCAUCGACUGCUUCCUCGGACUUUUCAAACACUCCCUUCUCUCCUUUAUCUCCAGUUAGCUCACCCACAUCUUCUAAUACAUUAUCGCCCCAACAAUCCUCGCUAGUAGGUGUCACCUCUGAUUUGGCUCUGGUUCAAGAAGUCGACGAAGAAGAAGAGGAAGAGGAGAGUAAAAAGGAAAAUAAAAUAGAAAAGGUACAAGAAGUUGACGAUAUCAGCACCCAAGAAAGCCCUGUGGAUAAUAUCGAGACCUCCGAACCUGUAUCUCUAGUUAGUAGCUCUCAGGUGUCCCUAGAACAUUUUCCUGCAUCUUCAAAUCAGCAACAUCUUUCUCUGCCAUUACAUGAGCUUUCUUCUGCGGGAGGCUCAUCCACCACUCUACCAGACUACGACAUUAAAAACGGAUCAUCUUUGGACCUUACAACACUCAAAAAGGAGCUGUCCACAAUUAUCCGCAAGUCCAAGAUUUACGAACAAAAAGUGGCCCAGGAAACAGUCUCACCUCUGCCGAUGGCCAUUCCGGGCUCUAGUGUAGACAACAACGUUGCUGCAUAUUGUCCCGCUGCAUCCACUGCUGCUGCCGAUUCUGCACUGCCAAAUGAGCUUCAGUCAUGUGAUAUGAUCCACUUAGACUCGGUUGAGCCUUCCUCGCUAACUUCAGUGGCCACGCCAGUCCUUGGACAUGAUACAAGCGAUAUCAUUUCCACCCCGGCUCUCUGCAUCUCCAAAACUGCUUCUCCAGCGACAAGCAUCGCAGGAAGUGUUCCUGGAAGUACUGUUAAUGAAUCCUUUGCUGCAUCAAUCAGCGGAUCUCUCAAUGGCUCAGCCAGUAGUGGUUCCGUUGCACCUUCCGUUAAUGGUUCUGACGAUGGCUCCGACCAGCGUUCUAUCUUUUCCUUUGAAGAAGAUUUCCAAAUGGGCCGCAACUCAUCUAUUAACUAUCACAAACCAGUCAAUGUUCUUGAAAGACACUCUGCAGAUAGCCCUAUAACACUGCAUCUUAACACUUCAACUUCCAUCCCAGAUACACCCACAUUAUCCUCUUCCAUUGGCACAGGAAGAUGUCUUGACAGUGCAACAGACACUCCGACCCUUCAGCAGCAAGGAUUGGGUGUGGCGUAUCUUGAUUUGGAUGAAGAUGACGGAAUUGACAUUGAUGAGUAUCUUGAUGACGAGUAUAAUGAUGAAGGCGAAGGUAUUGUGGAAGACGACGCCCAUCUUUUUGGCCACUCUGAUCUUGACAACUACGAAUAUUCCGUUAUUAACCAGCCUGGUUAUGUAAAUCUUCAAUUGCAAAUGACCCCAAAAGAUAACGAAUACGAAGAAGAGUUUGCUGAUAAUGAUGAUGAUAAUGACGGUAACGAUGAUUACGAUGAAGAAGAAGACUUUGGCACCGAGGGAGGCAAUGAUGACGACCUGACUGCUCAACUCAAUGAGUCUAUUGCAGACAGCAGAGCACAUACUGGUGGGCCUGUUAUACACCUUCUUCCCAGUACCCCAGAAAAGCCUCGGAACCCCGAUUCAGGAAAACUGCUCCCCCAGCUUCUUCCUAAGCUUCUUCCUAAGCUUCAAACUCCGCUAUCCUCAUCAUCACCCUCUUCUUCUUUCCCGCGCCCUGGUUCACCACCAAUGCCCAUGUCGCAGCAACUGUUGCAGCAGCAGCAAUAUCAUGCCCACAUGCUUCAUCAAACACAUAACCAGCAAUACAAUCAGGAUCAGCAGCAGCAGCAACAGCAACAGCUUCUACGUCCAAUUGACACAAACGUAAGCUCUCAAUCUUCUGGAUCUCAGCUUGCUUCCCCCAUCUCGGCAAAGGGACUUGGUGCUAUGCGAUACCUUAACCACAGCCCUCUCUCUCCUUACAUGAACACUAUGCUCACGUCGCCUGAGCGCAACUUGGCCUUAUCACCAGGGUCUUCAUCAAACCCAUACUUCUCGUCCUCUUCAAGUAGUCUCUACUUGUCACCGUCACGCUCCUCUAGCUUCAAGUCUGCCACCUCUCCAGGCUUGUCAUCUCCAUCAACGCCAUACCACUACAACCCAUUGCACCACAACCACCAUCAAACUCAAUACUUUAAUGGCUCUCAUAACAUUUAUUCAAACCAUGUACAUAGCUCGUCUACCGUCAGUUUUGACAGUACAGCCUCGUCCAAGUACUACUCGGCUAGCGAGGGCGAAGAUGACGAUAUUUAUUAUGCAUCUAGCAGCUUUGGUGGUAGUCGCUCAAGCAGCAUCUACAACAGUAGUGACAAAGAUGCUGAUGAUGCACCGGCAGACGACAUGGACUAUGAUAGUCUGCUGGAUGAAGUCAAUGCGGUUCCCGAGGAUUACGGUGAUAGCGACGACGAAAAUGAAAUUUUCAACAAGCCCAUGUCUAUUCUAACUUCGCGCUUUGCUGGACCUACUCUUGACGCAGUGCCGGCUUCUCCACCAUCUGAGUCUUCACCACUUGCGCAGUCGCUUUGCGAGGCCGCACCAGUUUAUGCGCAUUCGUCCCCUAAUAAGUCUUUGCGCUCUUCGCCAUCAAAGCGUCAUUAUUACCACCAUCAACAAUCGCAUUACCAUGCACACUACCAAUCACCUUUCCAUCACCAUCACUCGUACCCUCACACAGAAAGAUACGACGGAACUUCUUCAGCUGCAACAACAACAUCGCGUAGAGCCCGCACCAAUACUAUUUCGUCUAGUCAUGCGCCCACAUCGCUUACCCGGCAAUCCUCAUAUCGCGGGUUGCGCAAAACAAAGUCACUCUCGUUUGAUCGUGACGGCAGUAACUCUGGCGACCAUGGUUCAGACUCCAAUUCUCGGCCUACAUCGCUGAGCCGUCAAACUAGUGUGAUUAAGAACAAAACAACUACAACAACGCUGUUUUCGCCAAUGCCGAGAGCAGAGGUGGAACGCUAUUACCGUGCAGUGGCAGCAGUUGCAGUUGACACUAACGACGAGCCUGCAGUAGCAUCAACAAAGACCGAUACAGAAUCCUCUGAAGCAUUCCCACUCUCGAAAAAGUCGUCGACAGGGUCUGCAUCGUCUACGGACUCGAGAACUUCUGCCGCUUCUGCAUCCUCGGCAGAGUCCUCGCUAUCUUCUAAUGCAUCCUCCGGGGCAUCAUCAGGACUUACGUCUCCUGAACCCACGACUCGUGUAUGCCUCAAGCCUUCACCGUCGUCUGCAUCUACAGUGUCUUCGGCUACCUACGUUACUGCAAAUGACGAUGAUGACAACGAAGAAACCAGUGAUUCAGAUGCAAAGACUCAUGCCAUCACCGGAACUAAAAACAAACUUGCGCCUUUCGUUUGUGCUGCGUUUUCACUGCCCUCAACUACAGGCGUCUCUGCAGUUGGACCGGUCCCCACAGCCACCGGUGGGCAUGUCAUGACUGGAUCUCCAUCUUCAGAUGCAGAUAGUACGUUUUGUCAAGAGGACGAGGACGAGUAUGAAGAUGAAGAUGAAGAUGACUAUGGUACAGCGGAACUUCGGUAUGGUGCUUCGUAUCUCAAAGACUUGCCCAUGCCCCAGCAAUCGGCAUCCUCGUCAAGUGGGGACAGUGGAACACGAAUGCGUGUGGCCCUUACUCCGAUUUCAGAGAGAUCGUGCGAUAGCGAGUAUCCUGGACAAAUGAGCCCGGUCGCGAGCCACAAUGGAAUUUACGAAACAGUUUGA